GAGAAAAUGGCAGACGUCUCCCUGGAUGAGGUGAUACGACGGCGCGGAAUUAACACGAAGGCCCCGGCGAAACGGCCCACGAUUGCAUGGGGCACGGGAGGCGCUGGCAAAAGUUUUGAUGCCCGGCAAAAGAUUGGAGUUGAUGUCAGACAGCGGCUUGGAGGUGGAGGAGGAGGAGCAGCAGCAGGUUUUCAAGUGAAAGAUGCCAGAGAAAAGCUGGUUCAGAAAGAUGCCCGCUUCAAAAUCCGUGGCCGAGGAGGACCAGGCGGCGGAGGAGGAGGCGGAGGAGGAGGAGGGGUGCAGGACGCACGUCAAAUGAUCAACUCACGCAAACAAGGGCAGUUUACGGUUCCUGCACAGGCCAUGCCAAAGACAGGAGUAACACACCAGCUACAUAGCCAGACACUUGUGCAGCAGGUACAGAUGCACCCCAACAACAAUCCGGGUGGAAUGAACUCACGGCAGUAUGGUGCCAAUGUACAAGUGCUGAGGGGCAGUGCACCCCCACAGCUGAGCACUAAUAAGAGAAUGAUGGAUGCUCGUGAUAGGCUGAGCCUCAAGAGGAGUAUUGGCGGAUCUAUGGCAGAUGCCAUGCCGCCCCUAAAGAUAACAAAGACCAUCCAGCAACGGCCGUUAGGGAUGUCAAGUGGCAUUCGUCCAGGCACACAGCCUGUUUCAAACGAUCUGAAUUCCAACUCCAGUAAACAAAUGAAGCUUACUUCUGCAAGUAUGCUACAAUCCCGGUCUGGAACACUUGGCUCCAUAUUCUCCAUGUCAUCACCAAUCACCAAGGUGGUUCAAAACGACUCCUAUACAGCCCCACGCCCUCCGGCCCCUGUGGCUCCCACCCGGUCCAACAGCAGCAUGGCUCCCCCCCGAUCCUCCGCUGCAGCCUUACAGCCGAUCUCCAGGAGCCUGCAGCAAAGCCCAGCGCAGGCCAGCCCAACUGCCCCUGCUCCCGCUCAGCCCACUUUCAGUCCUUUGGAGGGGACAAAAAUAACCGUGAACAAUCUGCAUCCCCGGGUCACUGAGGAAGACAUAGUUGAACUGUUCUGUGUGUGUGGUGCCUUGAAGCGAGCACGGCUGGUGAAGGUGGGCGUGGCUGAAGUGGUGUUUGUCCGCAAAGAGGACGCUGUCAGCGCUUACAGGAAGUACAACAACCGCUGCCUGGACGGCCAACCCAUGAAGUGUAACCUUCAUAUUCAGGGAAAUGUCAUCACGUCUGAUCAGCCCAUUCUAUUGAGGCUCAGUGACACCCCAGGCAGCAGCACAAAGAAAGACGGUCUGCCUCCCUCCUUGUCUCGUCCCGCUGGUCAGCGCGCCUCCUCCCAUCCCACUCCAGAGGUCGACCCACAGACCAUCCUAAAAGCUCUGUUCAAGUCCACUGCACAGUCCAGCACCACCGCUGAGCCCCCCAACUCACAGGCCACCGCCUUCCGCAUCAAGAUAUAGCUCCUGUUUAGUGAAUAUUGCUGCUUUCUCAGUGUUUAGAAAGGAACUGUGGUUGUCACCUUGACCGCGGCCAUCAUUCUCAUAGCAAAAAGAUUUGUACACAUUUGAUAUACAUGGAAACUCCGGAACAUGGAAUUCAUGGAUGUCGACUUCCCGUUUUGUGGUUUCCAAACUUCACCCGUUUGUUUCUUAGAUGGACCAGUGGAAAGAAACGUGAUGUGGUUUGUUGUUUUAAUCCCAUGAGGUGGUGGAUGCCAAAUUACACUGUGUUUAGGGUUGCUCUUCUUUUUUGACAAUUCAAUGUCGCCUAAUCUAAACAUGAUGCGUUUUCUUUUUAAUUCUGUAGUUUAACUCUAAUCAAACCAAACAUCCCAACAAAGAAGAAAAAGGUAGAUAUAUUGGUCAUAUGUUCAAUUAUAUUGUCUGCAUGUAUUUCAAAGUGUGUGUGUGGGAAGAAAGGAACGAUCGACCAAGACUAAUUUAAACAACAGAUGAUGUCUUACCAUCCGAAAUAUUGCUUGUGCUAGAGAAUCAUGAAGGACUGGAACUACGAUCCCAUCAUUUCUGUGAACCAUCUCAUUUUUGUGAUAUCGAGAUUCUUGUGUGUUCUGUCGAUAGUUUUACUCGGCUGUCUCGUGUUCCAAUCGGCUUAUGUUUAGUUAUUUCUUUGUAUGCGUUACACUUGAUUUAUCUUCAAGGACUGUAUAUUACUUUGAGACGCUUGUCAGUCGAGAGGAACAUAGAGUGAAACGUGAAAUGUCACCAUUAAAAAUUUAGCUUUGUA